CAGUGAUUCUCAUGGACACCCAAGGAACGUUCGACUUCAACACGUCGAUGCAGGAGUCAACCUUCAUCUUCGCCCUGACGCUGCUGACGUCCUCCGUAACUGUGUACAAUCUCAUGAACAACAUCAAAGAGGACGACCUCAUGAACCUGCAGACGUUCUGCACCUUCGGGACCAUGGCGCAGAACUCCAUCAACCAAAACUCCUGCGCAUUUCAGAAGCUACUCUUCCUGGUACGCGACUGGAACUUCCCAAAGCAGUAUCCAUACGGCCACCAGAGCGGCAAAACUGUGCUAGACAGAAUUUUGACGGUAAACGAAGAUCAGGAGCCGGCGCACCAGCAGCUUAGAGAAGACCUCCGCCAGAGUUUCGAGGACCUGGAGUGCUACCUCAUGCCGCACAUUGGCAUGCGUGCCAUCAGGGAUGAAGACUUUGAUGGCCGACUAAAUCAAUUGGACGAGCAAUUCGUGAAGCACCUGAAGCUGCUGGUGCCUCGCCUGCUGGCGCCUGAGCGCCUCGUGGAGAAGCGCUCAGCUGCGGGGCAAGGACAGCCCGCCACCGGGGAGGAGCUGGUGGGCCUCUUCAGGACCUACAUGGAGGCCUUCAGGGAGAAUAAAGAAGUUCUGCCGACCACCCUCGUUGAGAUAAUGGUGCGCGUCAAAAGCGAUGAGACCCGUAAGAUGGCAUUUGAGCUUUACAAAAGAACAAUGGAUUCAAAAAUCGAAUUUGUCCGCGACCUAAUCUCGGACUUGGAUUAUCCCUUGAGAGCUUACUCUUGGUACCAUGGAAAUUCGAUUGAAGAUUCUAUUCUAAACAGAUGUCACUAUGAGGCAAAAAGCGAAGCUAUUGCAGCUUACAACAAUGAAAACCAAUACGCCAGAAACAACGUUUCGUUUGUAACUGCAGCUGAAUUUAGGGAAAUUCUUGAAACGAACAUAGAAGAACACUUCGAGACCUAUGUUCAGAAGAACAACGAAAUGAAGGUGGACAAUGUUGGAUCGAAGUCCAGCUUGUACACGAUUGGAGGUCUGGCGGUUGCCGGUGCAACUGCGCUGAGGGCCGGGGUCAUCACCGCGUCAGCAGUGAGCCUCGGGCCCGCGGUCGCAACAGCCGUUGGAGUUGGAUCUCUGGCCUUCACGGCAGUGCCCUGGGCCGCGAAGAACAUUUACGCCAAUUUUUUGCAACGCGGGCAGAAAAAUAAACAACAGUGAUAACGUCAUUUGAAAGAUUGGUUUUGUCGGAAAAAACGAAACAAGGUUAAUCAAUAAUAAUAGUAAUAAUAUUUUUAUAUUGUUAUUACAAUAAUAAUUAAUAUUCUGCGCAUGGCUCUUUAAUGCAAAUUCACUCCUGAUUAAUGCACGUGCGGAUGGAGAUUUGCUGCUUCUGGAAGACUCACUGGGUAUUAAAAAUGAUGAUUCAGAUGUACUUUAAUUAUCUAUAUGUUAGUGGAUUACAUUAAGGCGAUCCAAAUUAGUUCUCAAAUUUUAUAUAUAAUAUUUACUCAACACUAUGAUAUUAUGCGAGCACUAAAAAACAUGCUGAUCUUGUUCCCUAGUAUGUUUCUGUCACUCAUUAACUUGGUAAGAUUUGCAGACAUGGCUACACUUAUUUGGCAUAUUGUACAUUAAACCACGGCAUGAGUCACUGAGGAUGAGACGUCUACAUUUGUAGGGGCAAUUCACCCUUUAGGAUUUCAGUUACUCUAAUUUAUUGUUGUGUCAUAAGUUUUACGGCUGCGAGUAGGGUUGGCAUUAUGCUAUGUGCUGACGUAACGUUACCGGCAUGAAGCCUCGGUUAGUUCUUCUCAUUCGAUUGCUGUCACUUGGUCGGAGCGUACCUACUGUCACUAUUUUCGAGUGUUCCUGUAGCGUCCCUAUUAGGUGGGUGUACGGUAUUUGCUAAGUAUUAGGCUUGCUCUCUACUUUAAUGUUCGAGUUUUGAAUAUAGUGUUUAAAUUUAUUGAAUGUAUACAUGUAUUGUGUUUAAUGAAAUAGUGCCAUAGCAUAAUAGCGUUAGUUAUAGUCUUGCUGGCCAUCAUUGUUCGGCAGGACCGACUCUUUGCCCGGCCUCUACGGCUCCUAGUUAGGUUGGCCUCGACGGUACUUCUCAACUGCAGUACCUGUACCAGCCCAGUCUCAACCCAAGUUCACUAGCCAUUGCUGUGUACCCUAAGCACAGUGCCCCAUCGUGCAAGUGCUCCCUAAGUCAAGUGCCUCAUUGUUAUCGUGUACUACCAUUGCCGUGUACUACCAUUGCGGUGCACUACCACUGCUGUGCACCACCAUUGUUGUGUACUACUAUUGCUGUGUGUCCACUCCACCCUUCAUUUGCUGUGCACCGUCAUUCCUCUGGCAAUUAUCCCAUGUUUAGUUCUGCAGUUCUAGCUUUACGUUAAGUAUUAGGAUCUCUUCAACCAUUUGCUCAUUAGUGUUCAAUUAGCGUGUUUAGUUCAAUAAACAUUUGUUUAUUA